AAACCCUAGCAAUAUUUACAGAUAAAGCUUUACGCCAUUUCGAUUCUUGCCACCGUUUCUGCAACCUGCUCAUCUAACAAUGGCCUCAGAGAGGAAGCUUGCGAACCCAAUGAGGGAAAUUAAGGUUCAGAAACUCGUCCUCAAUAUUUCAGUCGGAGAAAGCGGCGAUCGUCUCACCCGUGCUGCCAAGGUUUUGGAGCAACUGAGCGGCCAAUCCCCUGUUUUCUCAAAGGCAAGGUACACUGUGAGGUCUUUUGGGAUCAGGCGUAAUGAAAAGAUUGCAUGUUAUGUCACUGUUAGAGGAGACAAGGCCAUGCAACUUUUGGAAAGUGGUUUGAAGGUGAAGGAAUACGAGUUGUUGAGGCGCAACUUUAGUGACACUGGAUGCUUUGGAUUUGGUAUUCAAGAGCACAUCGAUCUUGGUAUCAAGUAUGAUCCGUCUACGGGUAUCUAUGGUAUGGAUUUCUUUGUGGUUCUAGAACGUCCCGGAUACCGUGUUGGCCGUCGUCGUAGGUGCAAGGCGCGUGUUGGGAUCCAACACCGAGUGACAAAGGAUGAUGCAAUGAAAUGGUUUCAAGUGAAAUACGAGGGUGUCAUUCUCAACAAAUCUCAACAAAUUGGAGCUUAGAUUUAUUAUCAAUAUUAUUGUCUUCUUUUUGUAAAAUUUUGGAGUUUGGUUCUUGAAAGUUUUACUAUUGAGGAUUAUGGUUAAUGUGAGUUUUGUUUUGUUUUGGACCCUUUUGAAGGAAAUAUGAAUUUUAGUUAUGCUUUUGAUUUAGACGAUCU